GAAGCAAGACUUCGGUCCACUUCAGAGACAAGCACAUGUGGUGCUACUGCUGCCAAAACUGGAGCAGUUUCUACUGCUCUGGAAGAGGGAAAUGACCAGCUGGGCAUUAACAAACAUACCCCCAUUACUUCUACUCCUUCAAAAACUGUAUUGAGGGAAAGGAAAUUGAGAAAUGGCAAAACCAUGGUUCUUCAAGAAGCUGCGGAUGACCCUGGUCCUAACCAUGAUGCAGAACCCACUGGACACAAAAAUUGUUUUGAGGACAACACAGGAAAGGCUGUGGACAGUGGCAUGGAGAGGCCUAAUGAUGACUUGGACAAACCUAGAGACUCACCCUCUAUCUACCCUAUUCUACCUGAACCUCCAUCAAAGGAAUUGCCUAAUGCCAGUGGGCAAAACCGAGACCCCUUCUGAAGGCUUCCCUUUGAAGAAAGUUGAGGUGGGGGAUGUGGUCAGAAUACCGGCAGAAGGGGUUUCAAAUCUUGAAGAGGAGUGGGGGUUCUGCCUUGUGGGCUGUUUCACAGGCCGGUUUCCGGGCAUCAAAGCCAUAGAGGGGUUGAUCUCCUCAUGGCAUUUAGAGUGCAAGCUCCAUCCUCACAAAAAAGGCUGGGUGAUCUUCCAGUUUCUGAGUGAUGAAGACCGUAGCAAAGUUCUCCAUAAUGGGCCGUACGUCCUCUAUGGUAAGACCCUUUUACUGCGCAUUCUUCCGGAAGGGUUUCGCUUUGAUUUUGAUGCAUUUAUGACGGUCGAUGUGUGGGUUAAAUAUGUUGAUGUGCCUUUGCAAUUGUGGAAUCCUGUUGCCUUCGAGUGCUUGGGGUCUAGAGUGGGAACACCCAUACGCACCGACGGAGGAACGAAAAAUAAGGGAAGGUUGAGCUAUUGUAGAAUGUUGAUUCAGGUUGACAUGUCUAAGGAGCUCCCUACGUCCUUUGUGGUUUCUCUCCCUGAUGGAGAAGAAUUUACUCAAAAGAUUGUGUACGAAGGCCUUCCAAACUAUUGCUUUCAUUGUAAAAAGUUUGGCCACAACCAAUUGAGUUGUAGGGUUAUCCGAGCCCUAAACCACAGAAAAUCCGGGAAUUAUUUUGACAAGUGUGAUGGAAACAACUUGGGGAAGGAUGACUCGGUAAGGAAAGGGGCUGUUACUCGUGGAGUUCCUGCCACUGCCAAGCCGAGAAGAAGAAGGAGAAGAUCCAAGCGAAAGGCGGGAAGCGGACCUAAGGCCUUGGGCAGUCAUGCCACGUCCACUCCUACUACGCUUCCUUCCUCAAAUGACAAGAAGAUGACGGCCAGGACUAUGGGAAAUGGUGCUGAACCAACUGCCCAACAUGUGACCCAUGUAGGGGAUGGUGAGGCUUGCUCUUCCACCACCAUUCCGAAGGUUUCUCCUGACCCUAGUGUGGUAUCAAAGUCCACGGCCAAGGCUGCCAGUAAGGUGGCAAAAGUGGAUGCUAAAGCUAUGGGAGACAAAGCUCCAGCUUCAAACCAAAAACUGCAGCAACCCAAGGAAAAGAAGAGCUUGAAUGGAAAACAGCCCGGCACUAUGGGCGAUGAUGGCCAGCUCGUUGGCACCUCCUCCACCCCUACGCAUGUUGAGCAAGCUGCCCAAGCAAACUCCAAGGUAGGGGCGUCCAACACAAAAAAGGGAAACAAGCCAACUGGAGCGGCCAAGAUGGUAGACGAGACCACCAAAGAGAACCCACCAAAAAAGGCACCGUGGCAAGUCAAGCUGGACAAGCAAAGCGGCGUUGUUCAAGUUUUGGGAGACAACGAACUACCUAGGAUGGCGAAGGGCAAGAAGAAGGAGCGUAGACCUCCACCUCCCACUCCUCCAAACAAGAAAGACCUGCGUAACUUUCUUCGUCACAUGGAGGACGAGUCUGGGGCUGGAGGUGACAUUGUGGAUUGUGCUGAGAAUUUGGAUAACUAUCCGGUCAUUACUGAGGAGGAUUUUCUUCCUUGCACUAAACCUGGUGAGGUCAGGGUUGAAGAUGAUGAUGGCUCUGAUUCCCAGACCCCCUCCCUUGAUGAGGAGAGGAUUGAGCAAGAUUUGCAGAAGGAUAAGAGUGGUAUUAUCAAUGCUGAAAGUCCCUUACCCAGUGAUGCUACUGCUGGGAAGGCAGACAAUGGGAAAAACACUGGAAAUGAGAUUGGGAAGACUCAUGGUAAUACUCCUGGCAAUAAAGAUGAUACACCUAAAGAGAAGAAAAGCUUGGCAUCGUUGUUUGAGAGAAACAGAUCAGAGGAUAAAGGAAUGAAGCUCCAUCAGGUGGACAUGGCUGAAGAUGAGGAGGUUUUUAUUCAGCCUGAAGAUGUCACACCCAUGGAGGAGCUUUGGGGACCCUGCCUGGUUGGGUGCUUCACUGGCAGAUUCCCUGGCCUUGCCCCCAUUCAAUCCUUGGUGGAAUCUUGGAAAGUGCCCUGCCAAUUUCUACCCCACCAUAAGGUUUGGGUCAAACUUAUGGAUGUGCCAAUGCAAUUCUGGGGGCACAAUUCUUUGUCCAAAAUAGCUUCAAAACUGGGAAAACCACUCUUUACUAAUGGCCUCACCAACAAAGUGGCAUCCAAAUUCACCUUGGAGGAGGACCCUGAUGACAAAUUGGCUUAUAAGAAGCCAAACUUUUGUAGGGUGCUCAUUCAUAUGGAUUUAUCCAAACCCCCUCCCUCCUCUGUGAAGGUCAACUUUGUGGGAGGCAGUUAUAUGCAGCAUGUGGAAUAUGAAGACCUGCCUCUUUACUGUUACCACUGUGAGAAGUUUGCACACACACCUUUUGACUGCUUUGAUCUCCAUGAAAUGCAGAGAAAGGAAAUUGCUGAAGAACAAAGAGUUUUGGACAAAGCUAGAGUUGAAGUUAUGAAAACUUCUCUCUUGGCUGAUAAUGACAAGGAGAAGGAGAAGCCUAAACAGAAUCAGAAAGGAAAGCAGAUUCUGGAAGGUACUAAAGGUUGGGAGAAACCUGCUGACCCCAAUGAAGCCUCACCCUCCUUCUCUAAAAAGGAUGACAAUGAUGGUUUCACACUUGUGGGAAAAGGAAGGGGAUCCCUUACUACACAUCCUCUAAAGGAAGAAAACUUCAACAAUGGCAACAAACAACCACACUUCAUAAGGGAAACUAGAAGCAGUGGACGUGGACACAACCAUGGAAACAAGGGGGGUACAAACAGAGGGGAUCUUAACUCAGUUCUGAACUCCAGUGAGAGAUUAAACUGUCACACCUAUGCUUAUGAUAUGACUGAUCUGCUGCACUUUAGGCUUAAUAAUGAUUUGAUUGAUGCCAAGUCUACUGGUACUCACUUCACUUGGAACAAAGGGAACAAAUGGGCCAAAUUGGAUAGGGUAAUGGUGAAAUGUAAAUGGGAGGCUCUACAGUGGGAUUGUUGGGCUGAAUUUAAGCACAUGGAGUUCCAAUCUGACCACUGUCCUAUUCUGCUCCACCUCAUCCAAUCUUCCACCAGAGGCCCUAAACCCUUCAAAUUCUUCAACAUGUGGCUUAAACAUGAUUCCUUUGAUAAUACCUUGAAGCAUGUAUGGGACAUGAGGAUUAAUGGUACUAGACAGUUUAGACUCUGCAAAAAACUGAAGUUGCUGAAACAUCCUCUCAAACAGUUGAACAACAAGGACUUUGCACAUAUCUCUUCCAGGGCUGAGGAGGCUAGAAAGUCCUAUACUGAUCUCAUGGAUAAGCUUUACAAGGACCCUGAUAACUUGGAGCUACUCUAGCUUGUUGCCAAUACCAGGAAGAAAGCCUCUUUCUACUCCGAUGCAGAAAGAUCCUUUUUUCAACAAAAGGUGAAGUGUAA